AUGCUUAGGUUCGCUGAUUCACUCAUGUGGUUUGACUGCAAGAACGUACUGCAGAAUAGGAAGGGAUUCAACCUGCGGGAACUUGACCUUCCACCUUACGAAGGAGACUUGUAUCACAACCUGCACAGUGUGUGCAUCGUAGUACCAGCUUUGUAUAUGAGACAGGUCGGACAAGGAGAUACCCUCAAGAGUGCUAGCGUUAUUCGAAAGCAGCAGAUCUCGGAGGCUUGGGGUUCGGAGGAACAGCGACGAGUUUACCAAGACAAUGGGCGUCGAACACUUAUUUCGCAUUUGUUUGCGCUGAAGUCCUCCGAAGAAGGUUAA